AACAUGUUGAGAGCGAAAGACGUUGCAUUUGAGCAUAUCGAAGACCUUUACAACUCACUUAACAAACAGUUGUGCAAAAGAAAAGUAGAAGAUUUGAAUAAAGUUUUGCCAUACAAAAACAAAUGUCAGGCUAUUACAUUUGACAUUAAAACACUUGAAUCUUUUUUCAAGGAGAAGAAGAAAUGUGACAAGUACCAUUUGUUUCUAGCAAUGAAAACGGCGGACAUUAAGAUUAAAUCGAAUUUGGAUGAUCUGAAUGAAAUGAAGUCUGAGAAAUGUUUGAAAGUUAGAAGGUACUCUUUCAAGCCUGAUUCAGGAAUUACAAAUAUGAGCACACAACCAGUCAGUUUUGGUUUGUUUGAUGAUAUAGAUAAUGCCACAAAAUUAGCAAACCCAGUCGCUACCUUGCAUGCCGGUGAUGUGGACGAUGAAAAUACAUGUUGUGUCACAGGGCUUACAGUUUUAUCAAACACCCGUCUUGUGUUAGUAGAUAACAAUAAUAGAUCAGUCAAACUACUUAAUACAGAGGAAGGUACGAUCAUGUCCAAAGUUAAAUACGAAUCAGCUCCGUGGGAUAUCACUCUCCUCAAACCAGGCAAGCAAUUAGUGGCCAUUACUGUACCCGAGACUGAAAAUGUUCAUUUUUUAUCUGUAAUUGAAAACGCAAUCCUGGAGAAAUUGCAACAGAAACAUAUAAAAGUUAAUGGAAAAUGCUACGGAAUUACAAAUUCCAAUGACAAAAUAUUCGUUACUGUCAUGGUAGGCGGUGGACAAUCAGCAAAGCUUGAACAGUAUGACCUAGACGGACAGUUGACGACCUCAGUAAAGCUCGGCGCUUGGAAACCACUGUACGUAAUAUUGAAUGCAGAUGAGACAACACUAUAUAUUUCAGACAACGCUCGGGAAAGACAUAUUACAGAACUAUCCAGACAAAAUAUGCGACAAUUAAAUACACUUAGUUUAUGCAGAGAUGAAGUUAUUGGGAUGACUGUAGACAAAACCGGUGCUCUGUAUUAUUGUGAUUCGUACUACUAUGCCAUUGAUUAUGUUAAUAUUGGCAACAAAAAGGGUGAGAGAAAGCGCAUAAACCUUCUUCCGAAAGCAACUCCUCAUCCAAAAUGUUUGGCAUAUUUCAAUCCAACAGACACACUUUUUGUUGGAAAAGAUGGAAAUGACAUUGAUGUAUAUACUGUACUGUGAACGAAAAGAAAAGAAGAUAAUAUUUUGAAAACAUAUGCUAGCAUAUAUCAAGACCGAAAAAGUAAGCACACUAUUCAGUAUACAUAUGAGUCAUUGCUUAAAAAAUUAAUGAGUAUACUCGGAAUACACGUAAAUGUCACACCCAUUUAUGAUAAUCACACACCUUAAUCCAAUAUUUACUCAUUUUUUGGCAUGAGCUGUGGCUCCAAGCAAUUAUAUUGUUUUCGGUUAUUUUCCAACCCAACUGUAGCUUAGUGUAAGGAGGAGAAGUGUGGAAACAAAAUGCAAACAAGAGGAAAAUAUCAUGACUCCACCGAUUGUUCAACUACCUAUGGACAGUUCGCUUUCAACCAUGGCAUUUUUUUGAGGACUUCCCUAUUUUGCGGACAUGCAUCAAGAUCCAUACCACCUUUCGUUUUAUUCUGCUUAACAUGACUGUAUCCAAUUGUCUUACAUGUUUCAGAUAGUCAAAUUACGUGAAUUUCUUGUUUAAUUGUUAUUGGUAAUUUAAAGAUCUUCUCUUUUGUUACUUAAAUAUUCAAUUCUUAUCUGAUUUCUUAUGAACAAGUUGAAAGAAAACGAACUAAAAGAUUAAGGCUCAAUGUAAUUAAGUUUGUUUGUUUGUUUUGUUGGAUUUAACGUCGCACCGACACAGGAUAGGUCAUAUGGCGACUUUCCAGCUUUAAUGGUGGAGGAAGACCCCAGGUGCCCCUCCGUGCAUUAUUUCAACACGAGCGGGCACCUGGGUAGAACCACCGACCUUCCGUAAGCCAGCUGGAUGGCUUCCUCACAUGAAGAAUUCAACGCCCCGAGUGAGGCUCGAACCCACAUCGAUGAGGGGCAAGUGAUUUGAAGUCAGCGACCCUAACCACUCGGCCACGGAGGCCCCCCCAAUGUAAUUAAGUGAUUGAAUAAAAAUAUGUAAUUAUAUUUCUCUGAAAUAAAUACCUUUGUUCUUUAAUAAUAUACAUAUUGUUUUGUUUGCGAUGAUGAGGUUUUAUACUUUGAAAAAAAAAAU